AUGGGGAACCUACCAGUUGAGGGGGACCUUCCCACCUCCAACUACCCAGAAUCCCGGGUGUUGAUCAUCAUGACCGGCGGUACCAUCUGUAUGCAGCCUUCUGCCGAUGGCUUGAUCCCCAUGACGGGAUUCCUCAAGAACGCCAUGGCGCCGAGGCCAUCCUUCAACGACUCGUCCUCUCCUCCAGUUGAGCUAGUAGCAUACAAGAAUGGAGAGCGCAUCAGCCUGCCGAGCUUGAGGACACCCCCGAGCGCGUACUCCCGCCACAUCCGAUACGGAAUACUGGAGUUCUCACCACUUCUGGAUUCGAGCUCCAUCUCUUCUACCGGUUGGACCGAGAUCGCACUCACUGUGAAGGAGAACUAUCACCUCUAUGACGGCUUUGUCGUUCUUCACGGCACAGACUCGUUGGCCUACACGGCCUCAGCGCUGUCUUUCAUGAUGUCGGACCUAGGGAAGCCUGUCAUCUUGACUGGCUCCCAGGCCUCCAUCUUCGCCCUCCAGUCCGACGCGGUAGACAACCUGCUCGGCUCUCUCAUCAUCGCCGGCACCUUCAUCAUCCCGGAGGUCUGCCUUUUCUUCCAUCACACCCUGUUCCGCGGCAACAGGACGACGAAGGUGUCCGCCUCGGCCUUCAAGGCCUUUGACAGCCCCAACUACGAGCCUCUGGCCAAAGUCACAAGCUUGGGCGUAGACGUGAACUGGUCCCUGGUCCGGAGGCCGACUCGCAUCGCCCACUUCAACAUCACCAAGUAUCUAGACACCGCCCACGUCGCGGCCUUCCGCAUCUUCCCCGGCAUCAUGCCCGAGAUGCUGGACGCCGUGUUCCGGGCGCCGAACCUCAGGGGCCUGAUCCUGGAGACGUUCGGCAUGGGCAACGCGCCCGGGGGCGUCGACGGCAGCCUGACCAAGGUCAUCCGGCAGGCCUGCGAGCGGGGCGUCGUCGUCGUCAACGUCAGCCAGUGCACCAACGGCUUCGUCUCGCCGCUCUACGCGCCGGGGACGGCCCUCGGCCGCGCCGGCGUCGUCUUCGGCCACGACCUGACCACCGAGGGCGCGCUGACCAAGCUCUCGUACCUGCUGGCGCUCAGGGGCCUGACGCUCGAGCGGAUCCGGGCCGAGAUGGCGCGCUCGCUGCGCGGCGAGAUGACCGAGAUGGCCUCGCCCGUCUUCUCGCACCCGGGCGGCGACGUCGAGGAGGUCGCCGUGCGCCUGUCCCCGGCCGAGUCGGCCUUCACGGCGCUGGGGUACGCCGUCCAGCGCGGGGACCUGGCCGCCGUGCGCGAGAUCAUCGACUGCGACCGCGACGACACGCACCAGCUGCUCAAGCGCGCCGACUACGCGGGCAACACGGCCGUGCACCUCGCCGCCGUGGGCCCCGACGCCGAGGUCCUGCGGGAGCUGCUGACGAGGGGCGCCAGCGUGCACGUGCGCAACCGGGCCAACAACACGCCGCUGUUCCUGGCGGACAAGUCGGGCCUCGAGGAAAACGUCCGGCUGCUCAAGGAGGCUGGGGCGCACCUGUGGGAGAGCGAGAUGGCGUAUGGGCCGGCGUCUUGA